AUGUCGACGAUACAGCAGCUUAAGAACUUUAUCCGACACGGAAAGCAAGCUCGAGCGAACAACGAUGAGCCGGCAGCCAAGCAGUCCCCGCCGCCUAAGGCGCAUGUAGGCGUAUCAGAGCCUGCGUAUGCCGCCGCACCACCUGCUCAGGCGAUUCCCGAGGCGUACUCAGUUGCUGGCGAUGGCCAGAACCGCGUCGCUCAGGCAAACCACGCAGCCGCCCACGCCGCCGAGCCGAACCAGUACAAGACGUCCAAGGCCGGCAAGAACAUCGACAACACACACUUGGCCAAGCUUGUGGCCGAGGAGAACGAGAGCAGGAGUAAAUUCCCGAGAUAUCCCGGCUUGGAGAGAUGGGAAUUGGUCGAAAAGAUGGGCGACGGUGCCUUCAGCAACGUCUACCGCGCGCGCGAUACUACUGGCGAGCACCCCGGCGAGUGUGCCAUCAAGGUCGUUCGCAAGUAUGAAAUGAACAGUAUGCAGAGAGCAAACAUCUUGAAAGAGGUCCAAAUCAUGCGACAGCUUGAUCACCCGAACAUCAUCAAGCUGAUUGAUUUUUCCGAAUCCCGGCAAUAUUACUACAUCAUUUUGGAGUUGGCGCCUGGUGGCGAGCUUUUCCACCAGAUUGUUCGCCUCACGUACUUCAGCGAGGAACUUUCGAGGCACGUCAUUGUGCAGGUUGCGCAGGCUUUGGAGUACUUGCACGAGGAGAGGGGCGUAGUUCAUCGUGAUAUCAAGCCUGAAAACAUCCUCUUCAGCCCGAUCCCGGUCAUUCCGUCCAAGAACCCCAAGCCUAAGCAGCCUGGCGAUGAAGACAAGGUUGAUGAGGGCGACUUCAUCCCAGGCGUUGGUGCGGGUGGCAUUGGCCAAAUCAAGAUCGCCGAUUUUGGCCUGUCCAAGAUCGUGUGGGAUAACCAAACCAUGACGCCCUGCGGCACUGUCGGAUACACAGCUCCCGAAAUUGUCAAGGAUGAGCGCUACUCGAAGUCGGUCGACAUGUGGGCAUUGGGUUGUGUCCUCUACACGCUGCUUUGCGGUUUUCCUCCUUUCUACGACGAAAGCAUCGAGGUGUUGACGGAGAAGGUUGCCAAGGGCCAGUACACUUUCUUGUCCCCUUGGUGGGAUGAUAUUUCCAAAUCUGCCCAAGACCUCAUUUCCCACCUUCUCACCGUGGAUCCUGAGAAGAGAUACACCAUCACUGAAUUCCUCGCCCACCCUUGGAUCAAGGGCUCUGGCCCAACGCCUCGUGACGAGAAGAAGACGCAGCCCGAUAUGCUGCGCGCGUUCGAUGCCAACAGAAUCAACGAUGGCGAUCGUCGCUACGACUUCCGUUCCCCCGGUGCGGUCAACUUGCGUGAAGUGUUUGACGUCGGAUACGCUGUUCACAGGCAAGAGGAAGAGGCCAAGCGCCGGAAGCAAGUUGGCACCAAGGGCGGUGUUCCCGCUCGCUUCCUCAACAACCUUAACGAGGAAUCAGAGGAUGAAGAUGCGGAAAUGGCCGAGAACAAGGAGGCUGAAUACGUCCACAAGCCAUCGCAGGCGACACAAGCACUCGAGCAGAGCAUGCGUAAUGCCCAGAUCAAGGAUCAGCAAGAGCAUCGCGGACGCGAGCGUGAGCGUCAAGCGCCUGCAGCGAACGAGAAGGGUUACGGCCAACACUCGGCAACUGUCACGGCUGCAGCUCGCCAACAGGUUAGAGACCGCAACAGACAGAAGGGUGCCUUUGAGCUCAGCCUUGACGGCGCCACAUUGUUGGGAAGACGAAACAAGCAACCUCUCGCGGCAAGAGCUGGCGGCGCAUAG